UUUUCAUAAAUACAAGUUAAAGUAACUUGAAGAAGUUUUUAUAUUCUAAAUUCCAAAUAUGGACGGAUGGUACCGUUGGUGGACGAUGCAUAACACAUAUCGAACCAAGAACAUUUGAAAAAUCGGAGUAUGCGCUCCUCUGACUAUUGAUUGAUAUGCAGUUUCAAUGCGGUUUACAUAAAGCGACCUAUAUGAGCUUGGAAGGGUAGUGAAACAACAGAAUAUCGAUUUGUUUUCAUUUAAAAACACUAACAGAAACAGCGAAACAUCUAGGCAAAGGAAAAAGUGAUGAAAUCCCUUUAAUGGAAUUAAUCGUACUUAAAAGACAUAUUACUAGCGAUGGGAAAAGGUGAUUAUGAAAGUUUAUGCGCCCACUGGGCAUUAGGAGGGUUGAUCUUGGUUGCUCUUGCCUCCUCAGAGUACUCAGGAGCCGGUACUACAGCGGCAUUGCCUAUUUCAGCAAUAGCAGCAAUAUUAACAGCAAUAUCAACAAUUUCUAUGCCUACGGAUAUUGCAAUCCGAAAACGAAAAUUCAGCGAUUUGCUGAUUUUUUUAGCUGUAUGGCUUAAUUUGUUAGAACAUAUUUUAUCAGCAGCGACAUGUUCAAGAAUGGCCAGUGCUACCAUCGAUUAUAUGACGAAGGGUUAUCUUAGAGAUUGGUUAUUUGGCUUAGAAUCGCAUUCCCUUGGAGAACCGUGGCCAGAUGUGAUGGGAUUGUUUAUUAUUGCUGUAACUACAGCUAUGUUUAUGUUAGGAUUAGAAAAAUCUUUAUUAUUUUCGGUUCUCUUGUACAAUGGAAUAAUAUUCACUUUCUUUUUGUUUGUUAUAAUUGGAAGUAUGAAUGUCGAUAUGAAGUUUUGGAACUGGGCAGAAGAUUUUCAUUUAAGUGGAUCAAAACGUGUAUUAAUAACUGCAGCAAUAUGUUCAUACGCCUUUCCGAAUACAUUAUCAAAGACUUUCAAAAAAUACAUGUGCCUUAAAUAUGCGAUAUUACUGGUUAUCCCAUUGUUUUGUUACACGAUAAUUAUUUUCCUCUUUACUUCUAUGUCUCAUUAUAGGGAAGUAGCAGGUACUGCAAUUCCUCUGGUUCGAGUGUUCGAACUAAGAGGAAUUAAAUGGGGAGUAACCGUUAUGGCAGUUUGUACCCUGUACAUAGUUUGCAUAGCACUAACAGAAAUAAUGCCAUCAGCGUAUAGUCUUGUUCUGUAUCUAGCAGGAAAUGAAUGGAAUAUUCUUCCAUCUUCUCUUCUAUAUAGAAACUCAGAAAGCGGAGCUUCGGUAUUAGCAAUAUUUAUCGCAGGAAGUUUAAUGUCGAUCUUGGCAUUUGCGUGUCCCUUAUUCUAUUUAGUCAGACUGUUAAACGUCUGCAAUUUAAUAAAAUGUGCCUUUUAUUCCACAAACACGUUGUACCUUCUAUACAAAGCGGCCUACACAUCGGCGAGUACAAUUCCUGUAUUUAAUACCAACGUCAAAUAUGAAAAAUUAAAUAAAGGACGUAAAAGAGAUAUCAAUAAAAUGUUAAAAACUAAACAGCGCAUAAAAACGGCAUUUGAUGUUUUGCCACGAUUCUUACGACAAAGUACAUCACAGACAGAAAAGAGUUUACAAUCCAACAAAAAUACAGAAGAACAAGACGAUAAGGAAAACUUAUUGUUGAAUGAUUACUACAUAAGAGACGUUGAACAAUACUGCGAUUCUGACAGCGAUGAUAAAAGUUCAAGGUCAUUAACGGAAGUUGAUGGGGAAAGUUCAAGUUCGUCGACUGAUAUAGAUACUGUCGUACAAGAAUAUCAAGAUAAAAUUCAGUGGGAAUACACUGGAGGUAUCACACGAAUACGCGUCAUCGUCAUCAUUUCCGGAGCAAUUGGAGCUUUCGUUAUGGUAUUAAUCAGCUUCAUAUUGAUUUUCAUGCCACAAAAUAAUCUUGAAGAUAGUAAAUAUUAUGUGGUAAAAAGAAGAUUUUUACCUUAUACGGCAGUGAUAUCUGUUAUCUUAAAUAUAAUUUUGGGUUCAAUAUUACUUUUUGAAGUUUGGCAUGGAUUCAUACUAUGGGUAAUUUCAGGUCUGGUGUUAUUUUGUCGAUGUAAUUGCUGUAGUUGCGAAGGUCUCUUUCCAGAAAACUCCGAACGACAGAAAAUUAACAGUUCCAAAAUGAACAUUGAAGAUAUUGAAUACGACGACUUUGUUUUUGUAUCUAGUUGACACAGCACUGGUGAUUCAGAUGAAAAUAGUGAAGAAUUAUUUUAUUAUUCAAAUUACUAAAGCGCUAUUUUUUAAUGUGAAUUAAUAUACUUAUCUAAUAUUUCUCUAUUUAAAAUUAGAAAUGUAUACCUGUAAGUGUUUGGAAAUAUUAAAGUUGCCUUAAUUUAUAAGGGGCAGCGUUUAU